AUGGCAAGCAUGGCUGUUCAGUUACUGGGCUUCUUACUAAGUCUCUUUGGUCUAAUUGGAACCUUAAUUGCUACUAUUCUGCCUCACUGGUGGAGGACGGCACAUGUAGGCACCAAUAUUAUAACAGCUGUGGCAUACAUGAAAGGGCUCUGGAUGGAGUGUGUCUGGCAUAGCACUGGCAUCUACCAGUGCCAGGUCCAUCGGUCUCAGCUUGCACUGCCUCGGGACCUUCAAGCAGCUCGUGCCAUGAUGGUGAUUUCCUGUGUUAUUUCCACACUGGCAUGUGUGGUGUCUGUUAUUGGCAUGCAUUGCACUCGAUGUGUCAAAGGGGUCUCUGCCAAAAGUUCUCUCGCUGUCUCUGGUGGAAUCUUUUUCAUCCUAGCUGGUCUCAUAUGCCUGGUUCCUGUUUCUUGGACUACUAAUGAUGUGGUUACAGAUUUUUACAAUCCCAUGCUUCCCAACGGGAUGAAGUAUGAGAUAGGGCAAGCUCUUUACCUCGGUUUUUUCUCUGCAUCUUUGACUAUACUUGGUGGAGCUCUACUGUGUACAUCAUGCCAGAGUGCUGAGAACAACAUACCUUACCAGCCACAACCAAAGAGCACAACAAGAGCUGCUCCCUCAUAUAGACCACCAACUGCCUACAAGGGGAACCAUGCUUCUUCUCUGACAUCUGCUUCACGAAGUGGCUACAGAUUAAAUGACUAUGUGUGA